AUGGAAUCUGGCAUCACAGUCUCACUUUGACCGCUGACAAUGGCGGCCGCGGCAGCUUGGCUGGCUCUGGGAUUAGCCAUGGCUCUAACCUGGACCGGAAAUAGUCAAAAACAGGAGCAAUCGGGGCAGCAAACUUCCACCAGCAAGCAAGCGCAACUGUGGUUGGACUGCCCAUGUCUGCACUUCAACGAACGCAACUCCAGCCAAUGGGGUCACCUGGAAGUCAAUGCUAGCCGUGCCGUGGGAGCCAAGAACAACUGCCUGAUGAUCUUUGUCGGCGGGAAGGACGAUGAACUGGUGGCCUUUCAGCUCGAGCAGUUACAGCUGCGUCCCGGCUGCUUGGACAGCGUGGAGGUCUUUCCGUAUUUGCGGGAGCCCGUCAUCGAGAAUUCUACUUUGGCGGCGGACACCUUCUGUCAGCACAGCCGGAACCGCAGUGCCACGCCUAUUUAUAGCGCCGGUCGAUUGUUUGGACUGCGACUCCGGUUCCAACAGCCGCCGACCACGGAGGAGGCCUGGAACUUGACCCUCAAAGCCAGCUAUCGGUUUUUAAAGAAAGAAAACUUCCGCACCGAGGGCCGCUUAGUGCCACACAGCUAUUGUGACUUUUACUUUUUUGCUAGCCUGGCCGGAGAAGAGGGCAGUCUAGGCCAGGGCUACUUCCACUCCCCUCGGUUUCCGGCCCACUAUCCGGCGCACAUCAAGUGCGCCUACAAGUUCAUCGGGCGUCCGGACACUCAUGUGGAGCUCCUGUUUGAGGAGCUCCAACUGCCACCGGUGGUCAGUGGCGGUUGCCAGCUGGAUGCCCUCACCAUCUUCGAUGCCGAAUCCGCCCACAUGAGCGCCGUCAUCGAUGUCCUGUGCUCACCCUGUCCCACCCGCCGACUUGUGAGCAGUGGGCCGGAUCUGCUCCUCGAGUUCAACGCGAGCUCCAAUCGCACAGCCAAGGGCUUCCGGGGCAAGUACAAGUUCGUGCCGAAUGAGCCGGGGAUGCUGUUGUCCGCGCCUCCGGUCGUGUUGGAGACAGCCAGCGUGGCGGUUAAGCAGGAGAAGCCCCAACAGCAGCAACUACAGCAAUCCCUCGGCGUCAAGGCCAACAGUCUGCCGACGGAUGCGGGGCUUUGGAAACCGGGUCGCUCAUUUGAAUCCUGCAAGCAGAUAUUUGACUCGCGAGUAAACAAGUCAGGAACCUUUGAUUCGAAUCAGCUGUUGUUGACCAAACAUGUCGGUGUUGCCGGAUCGAAAAAUUUACAGUGCCGUUAUGAAUUUGAAGCUCAGCCGGGAGAAAGAAUCCAGAUUAGAUUCCACGACUUUAACAUUCCCACAGAACAUGAGAAUUCCACCAGCUGCCAACCAGGAGAUGCCCUUCAUGUGGUCACCCAGGUGCGAGAACGGUACGAAACCCAGGAGCUGCUCUGUGGCGCAUUUCUGCCGAAGCCCCUGAUGUCCAAUGGUCCAAGACUACAGCUCCAAUUUGUCGGCCAGAAUCCACCAGCAAUGACAAACAAGGUUCAAUACUACGGAUUCCGGGCGGAAUACCGUUUUUUAACCAACUUUGGCAUCAUGUCGGGAAUCCAAAAGGGCCAAGAUUGUGCCUUUGUCUACAAUAGCAGUGAGCGUAUAAGUGGUCUCUUCCACUCCCCUAAUUUUCCUGGAUAUUACCUUGAAAAUGUAGUCUGUCACUAUUACUUUUACGCAGCCAGCGAUGAAAGAGUUGUACUACAUUUUACCUACUUUGAUGUCGAGGGAAUUGGAACAUGCGACCACCAGACAGCCAGCGACUACCUCGAGUUUUCCAAUUUUAUGAGCACGGAUCGAAAAUAUAGUAGAUAUUGCGGAAAACUACAGAAUUUCGAAAUGCGAUCGGAUGGUCGCUUUUUCCGAGUCACCUUGCAUUCAAACGACCGCUUCGUGGCCAUUGGAUUUAGAGCUCUGUAUACCUUUGAAACGAUCCCAAUUAAUAAUUCUGAUAAUGACUUACGGGAGACUGCUUCAAUGCAAAGUUAUGUGUCCUCCGCGCCUAUGAAAGCCAUCCUCUCUAAUGCAUUCCAAUUAUUUAUUUUCUUUUUAAUAUUUACAACUAGCAUUUAA